AUGGCCAACUCUGAAAGGCUAAUACAAUCUGCCGAAGACUUUUUCAGGGAAAACAAAUUCCAAGAAGCCUUAGACCUGAUCUCUUCCUCAUCUCUGUUAUCCAACUCAUGCGACGCCUUAGUUUUAAAAGCAAAAUGCUGCAUAGAAUUAAAUAUAAUGAAUGAAGCAGAGCAAUGAUUAAAUGACGCCAAGUCUGCUACACGAUCUAUCAAAAAUGCAAAAGAAAGAAAUGAUAUGUGGGAACGGAUUUGUCUGGUAUGAGGCUGCUAUAAAGAAAAAUUAGGGAAGCCAAAAGAAGCUCAAGAGUUUUUUAAGCAAAUUAUUUCAACAUCGUCUAAUCAAGAUAAUAAAGCAAUUGCACAAAAUUCGUAUAGAAGAUUGUCAUCAAUAAGCAGCCCUGCUAGGAUUCCAAAUAGAUCUGAUGAUGAGCUGGAAGAGUUUCUUUCUGAGUUCAGAGAGAAUAUGGCAGUUCAUCCUGGAUCUGAAUGACAUGUUGUAAGCUAUACAUGGUUUAAAGCAUGACAGUUAUACAUUGGACUAACAUCUAAAGAAGGUCAUGAAGAUCUACCAUUUUCUUUUGAUGAAAAAGCAGUGAAAACUUCUCAAUCCCCAGGAGUGAUUGACAAUAGGGAUAUAAUCAACCAAGAAGACUCAAAAAUACUAGUCAACGAUCCGGAAAGACCUUCAUUCGGAAUUAGUUUAAAAUCUGGGGUCCAAGAAAAUAUAAAUUACGUUUUGCUUCCAGACCCUGCUUUUCAAGUCUUAAAAGAAAAACAUAAAUGCAGCACUGAUAUAAGAAGAUAUGCAAUUGAAGUAAAUGAUUCCAUUUACCAAGUUGAAGUCUUUUUAAAAUCAAUCCACAUUGGAUGCAUCCUUAAAAAUUCGGUCAAUCUUAGCCUUAUGAAUGUAAGCCGGAAAGACACAAUUGGAGAAAUCAAAAGAAAAUAUUUAGCAAUAAAAUCAGCCCCAAGGAACGCUAAGGUCUGAAAAAUUAGCCUAAAUACAAUUUCGCUGCCUCGGCUUCAAGCUAUGGUGAAAAGCAAUGAAAAAGUAUAUAUAGAAGGAGGAAUUAUAUUAAAAGAAACCACAAUUAUUGAUGAUGCAGAAAUUGGAGAAGAAGAUGUGAUGUUUAUAGAAACUGGAAAAGAAAAUAAAUUUUAUUUCACGAAUGAAAUCAAAGAUAUUUCUGAGCAUUGUGUGUCAUGUAAUCAAGUUAUCACAGCACCUGUAUUUUGUAAGGACUGCAAAAAAAUAAAAUAUUGCUCAGUUGCUUGUAGGCAAGAGCAUCACUCCACUCAUAAACGUAAAUGCAAAAGACCUUCUAGAAGCUUUUUUGCGUGCUUUUUUUGUAAGCCAUCUUAUCGAGACAGUGAUGAAGAUAUGGAAGAAUACCACGUAUCUAAGCCUAACACAAAAUAUGAAACACCUAAAGCAUUUACUACAAAAACCAAUGAUGGGGCGACAGGAUUACAAAACUUAGGAAACACAUGCUUUAUGAACUCAGCUUUACAAUGUUUAGCCCACACAGAAUGCCUUACUAAUUAUUUUUUAAAUGAGCCAUACAACAAAGAAAUCAAUAAAUCUAACCCUUUAGGAACCAAAGGAAAAUUAGUGGCUUCAUAUGCAGAAGUUUUAGAGCAUAUAUACAAAGGAAAUGAAAAUUCUUUUGCUCCUUGAAGAUUUAAGAAAACACUGGCAACCUUUGCUCCUCAGUUCGGAGGGUACCAGCAGCAUGAUGCUCAUGAGCUGUUAUGCUAUUUGCUAGAUGGUCUUCAUGAAGAUUUAAACCAAGUAAAGAAAAAGCCAUAUUACGAAGACCUGAACACCAAAGGUAAAACAGACCAAGAAAUCGCAGUCGAAAGCUGAGACCGGCAUAUUUCAAGAAAUCAGAGUAUCAUAGUAAACACUUUUCAUGGGCAAUAUAAGUCAACUUUACUAUGCCCUAAGUGCAAGAAUUAUUCUUACACAUAUGAUCCGUUCAAUUCUCUUUCUUUGCCUAUCCCUUCAUCUCAAUCAUCUGGGAGAAAGCUGAAGCUGUAUUUUGUUAAAAGUGAUCCUCGCUAUGCAGCUAUUAGAAUGGCUUCAGAUGUCACAGAAAAUACAAGCUUUGCGAGAUUGAGAGAACAUAUUUCAACAACAUUAAACGUAGAGCCUGAGUCCUUUAUAUUUAGCUCAGUCUUAGAAAACUGUGUAAUUGGGCUGCCAAGCGAUGAUAAAAGAAUAGAAAGCUUUAAAAAUGGAACUGUCAUUGCAUAUCAAGCAGAUACGGCUUUAGAAAAUGUGUUUGCUGUAGAAGUUCGGGUUACUAAAGAAAAUUCAAGGAAUAAGUUUGUGACAUUUCCUCGCUUUAUUUUCCCUGCAAAAAAUGCGAAUUUCUUUAAUCUUCACUUUGAAGUGUUUAAAAAAUUUGUAGUAUAUAUAGAAAAAUUAUUUCAAAGUUCCGGGAAUAUUAAAAAAUUAUAUGAAAAGCAUGAUGAAAAUCCUUGCUAUUUGUUAUAUUUUAAGCCUGGGAGAGGGAUAAACUGCUGUCCAUUAUGCAAAAAAGUAUCUUGUAAAGGUUGCGAGGUACCAAAAAAUGAAGAGUCUAUAGAUCAAUUAUUUAAUCAACGAGCAAGAGUUGUAUUAGAGCUGGUAUGGAAACAAAACUGUUCUGAUUAUGGGGUAGACCUAGAAAUUCUUAAUAACAGCACUGAUCACCCCUCAGUUUCUUCUAACUCCCUAUUCUUGAUAGAGCGAUUUCAUCGAAAAUUUCCUCAAAAAUCGUGAAUUGAAUUACUAUCCUUGAUCACAAUUUUCAUAUAGAUAAGCAUAAAAAUAAACCUAUCCUAUAUACCGCUUAAAAUCUAACGAAUCUUUUGAAGCAUAAUCACUUAUUCGCAAUUAUAAUCUGGUUUUGCAUACUGCUAAUAUAUUGCAUACUCUAUCUGUUAUGACUAGUAUAUAAAAUAUUUUAUAUGGAAAAGUUUCAGCAGUAAAAAAUUUAUAUUAUAAUUAUUUUUUCCGAAAUAUUCUAAAUUAUUAAACAAAAGAUGAGGGAAGAGUAAAGGAAAAGCCCAAGAAAAGUUUUCUUCAAUCAGUAUAUCUGAGUGCUUUCAAAUGUUUAGAGUUGCUGAAGAACUAGAAAAAGAAAACGCAUGGUAUUGCCCUAUCUGUAAAGUGCAUGUCCAAGCUACAAAACAGCUAGAAGUUUAUAAAGUCCCACCUGUCCUUAUAAUUCAUUUGAAACGAUUCAAAACACAUGGAUUUUAUAGAGAAAAACUCGGGGCUGCAGUAGCUUUUCCAGAAAAUGGGCUUGAUAUCUCAGAAUUUGUAAUAGGACCAGAUCGCCCUCCUUUAUAUGACUUGUUUGCAGUUUCAAAUCACUUUGGUAGUUUAGGUGGAGGCCAUUAUACAGCAACCUGUAGAGAUUCCCAAGGCGGAUGACUUGAUUUUAACGACUCACAAGUGAAAUCUGGCGGAGAAAUAUCAAAUACGUCAGCUUAUUUGCUGUUUUAUAAAGCAAGAUAA